CGGUCACCUUGUCACGUCGAUCGACUAGUGGGCAUACAUACAUACAUAUAUGGCCACAAAGCCACGAGACUAGCGCCCAUCACCGCACGUCAACGCCAGUUCCAUUAUUAUCUACCUAACCCUGUCAUCAAGCUCGAUCAACAAGUUCUUGUCGAGGAAGAAAAGGCUCGAUCAACAAGCAUCCGUCGCCCCGAUCCGACAUGCCGCCGUCUCACUGGUGCCGCCGGCUGCUGGCGGUGGCCCUGGUCUCCAUGCUGCUGGUUCUUUGGCGGCCGACCGAAGCGGCCGAGUACCCGGUCGGCGACGGCAUCAACGGCUGGGACACCGGCACCAACUACGCCUCCUGGGCGCAGAACCGCGCCUUCGCCACCGGCGACGUGCUAGUGUUCGAGUACGUCAAGAGCCAGCACAACGUGUACGAGGUGACGGAGGCCGCGUACCGGACGUGCGACGCCUCCGCCGCCGGCGCCGUGCUCGCCACCUACGACACCGGCUUCGACAAGGUCCCGCUCCCGGAGGCCAGGAGCUACUGGUUCAUCUGCGAGAUCCCCGGCCACUGCAUGGGCGGCAUGAAGCUCGCCGUCAACGUCCCCGCCGGGCCUCCCGGAGGCGGUGCACCGGCGCCCGACGCGCCGCCGUCCCCGUCGGCCGGCGCGGCCUGCCGGAGCAGCUGGGUGUCCUGGGCCGCCGGCUUGGUCGUGCUCGGCGCAGUGCACGUCUUGGUCAACUGAGCUAGCUCGCUUGGCCUGUUCAAAAUUGUCUCCCGUACGCUACGAGUUGUUUAUUCUUCUGUCCUUGUCCAUCUUUUGUAUUAUAAUUUUUUGCGAAUCAAUCAUGAUUCACGGAUACACAACAUUCGAUUCAAUUGCAGCCACUGUUUUGCCAGAAA